AUGGCUACCGUUAUUGCCGCUGCUGCUGCCCUGACUAAUGUUAUUCAUUCCGCUGCUGCACUGGCUACUGUUAUUGCUUCUGCUGCUGCUCUGGCUACUGUUAUUUCUUCUGCUGCUGUCCUGAAUGCUGUUAUUGCUUCCGCUCAUGCCCUGGCUACUGUUACUGCUUCUUUUGCAGCAAUGGCUACUUUUAUUGCUGCUGCUGCUGCCCUGACUAUUGUUACUGCUUCUGCUGCUGACCUGGCUACUGUUAUUGCUUCUGCUGAUGCCCAAGCUACUGUUAUUGCUUUCACUGCAGCCCUGGCAACUGUUAUUGUUACUACUGCUGCUGCCCUGCCCAUUGUUAUUGCGUCUGCUGCUGCCCUAGCUACUUAUACUGCUUCUGCUGCUGCCCUUCCUACUGUCAUUGCUACUGCUGCCCGGGCUACUGUUAUUGCUUCUUCUGCUACCAUGGCUACUGUUAUUCCUACUGCUGCUGCCCUGGCUACUGUUAUUGCUUCUGCUGCUGAUCUGGCUACUGCCCUGGCUACUAUUAUUGCUUCUGCUUCUGCCCUGGCUACUGUUAUUGCUUCUUCUGAUGCCCGGGCUACUGGUAUUGCUUACGCUGCAGCCCUGGCUACUGUUAUUGCUUCUGCUGCUGCAAUGGCGACUGUUAUUCCUACUGCUGCUGCCCUGACUACUGUUAUUGCUUCCGCUGCUGCCAUGGCUACUGUUAUUGCUUCUGCUGCUGCCCUAGCUACUGUUAUUGUUUUCUCUGCGGCUCUUGCUACUGUUAUUGCUUAUGCUGCUGCCCCGGCUACUGCUACUGUUAUUGCUAGUGCCGAUGCCCUGGCUACUGUUAUUGCUUCCGCUGCUGCUCUGGCAACUGUUAAGGUUACUACUGCUGCUUUCCUGGCUACUGUUAUUGCUUUCUUUGCUGCUCUGGCAACUAUUAUUACUUCUGCUGCUGCCCUGGCUACUGUUAUUGCUUCUGCUGCUACUCUGGCUACCAUUAUUGCUUCUGCUGCUUCCCUAAGAACUGUUAUUGUUUCCGCUGCUGCCCUGGCUACUGCUACUGUUAUUGCUAAUUCUGCUGCCCUGACUACUGUUAUUGCUUCCGCUGCUGCCCUGGCUACUGGUAUUGCUUCCGCUGCUGUCCUGGCUACUGCUAUUGCUUCCGCUGCUGCCCUGGCUAUCGUUAUUGCUUCCGCUGCUGCCAGUGUUAUUGCUUCUGCUGCUGCCCGGGUUACUGGUAUUACUUUCUCUGCUGCCCUGGCUACUGUUAUUGGUUCUGCUGCUGCCAUUGCUACUGUUAUUGCUACUGCUGCUGCCCGGACUACUGAUAUUGCUUCCUCUGCUACCCUGGCUACUGUUAUUGCUUCUGCAGCUGCCCUGGCUACUGUUAUUACUUUCUCUGCUGCUCUGGCUACUAUUAUUGGUUCUGCUGCUGCCAUGGCUACAGUUAUUGCUUCUGCUUCUGCUCUGGCUACUGUUACUGCUUCUGCUGUUGUCCUGGCUUCUGUUAUUGAAUCUGCUGCUUCACUGGCUACGUUUAUUGUUACUACUGCUGGUGCCCUGGCUACUGUUAUUGCUUCUGCUGCAGCCCUGGCUUCUGUUAUUGCUUCCGCUGCUGCAUCUGCUGCCCUGGCUACUGGUUUUGCUUCUGCUUCUGCUCUGGAUACUGUUAUUGCUUCUGCUGUUGCCCUGGCUUCUGUUAUUGCAUCUUCUGCUGCACUGGCUACUGUUAUUGCUUCCGCUGCUACCCUGGUUACUGUUAUUGCUCCCGCUGCUGCCCUGGCUUAUGUAUUGAUGUUCGUGGCUUUGGAGGGGUUGGUUGGGGCUGUCGAGGUCGUGGUUGAGAGGUUUGAGUUGGCCACUGGGGCCCAGGUUAACUGUGAGAAGUCCGGUCUUCUGGGUCUUGAAAGAACAGGCUGCCUAAAGAAAGAACAGGAACGCGAGGCUGCCCUAAAGAAAGAACAGGAACGCCAAGCUGCCCUACAACGAGAGCGUGAGAGGGAACAGCUUGAAGUAAAAGAACGUGAUCUGUAG